AUGUCAUCAUUACCUACAUAUGAAACAUUGAAAUUAAGUCAACCGAAACCUUAUGUAACUCUUGUUGAGUUAAAUCGACCGACGAAACUCAAUGCUAUGAACCAACAAUUAUUCGAUGAGUUGAAAGCAUGUUUUGAACAAUUAAACAAUGAAAAGGAAUGUCGAGUUAUAGUAUUGACUGGUUCUGGUAGAGCAUUUAGUACUGGUAUUGAUAUUAAAUAUUUAUCAAAUGUUGCUGCUGAAUCUGCUGAAAUCGAUGAUAUAGCACGAAAAGCAUUACAUGUUCGAAGUAUGAUACAACGAACACAAGAAUCUUUAAGAGCAGUUGAUAAAUGUGAAAAACCAGUAAUAGCUGCUAUUCAUGGUUAUUGUAUUGGUGCUGGUGUUGAUCUAUCAGCUUGUUGUGAUAUUCGUUACAGUUCACGUGAUGCGACAUUUUCUAUCAAGGAAGUCGACAUAGGUUUAGCAGCUGAUGUUGGUACUCUCCAAAUUUUACCUAAAUUAAUUACCGAUCAUAGUCUCUUCCGUGAACUUGUUUUAACAUCACGAACAUUUGAUACUAACGAAGCACAACAGAUUGGACUUAUUAGCCGUGUAUUUGAUACUCGUGAAGCUUUACUUGAUGCAGCUAUAUCUUUAGCAAGUGUUAUUGCUUGCAAGAGUCCUAUAGCUGUACAAGGUUCAAAAAUCAAUUUAAAUUAUGCACGUGAUCAUACUGUAGAUGAUAAUUUUACUUUUGUGCGUACAUGGAAUAGUGCUAUGUUAUUGACUGAAGAUAUUGUGAACAGUCUUAUGGCAACAUCGAUAUCAAAGGAAAAAAGUAAACUAUGA